ACAAACACAAUGUAUGCACAGACCAAAAGUCUGUUUAAGAAGUCCACCAUAUCUGUUCAAAUCAAUUGUGAUGCCAUGAGCAUCUCAGCCACAGUAAGGGUUCAAUGGAUCAUAGCUGAAACAAAUUGUUGGCAGCAUUAUGCCUUUCUAAAAAAUGAUCUCUCUAGAUUAUGGGUGGAAAAUAUUGUCAGCAAUUUGGACAACUUCACGAUGCCUCAUGUUGAAUCCAUACCUCGUAUUUACAACUGCAGCAGUCACAUAGAUGUGUUUCGAGACUGGCCGCCCAAUAAAAACCUUCCAGUGAGUAAGGAGCCGGAAAAAGAGGCGCAUGACUUCAUCUCCCGAAGGAGCGCAGAUCAGGAUGAGAUGGGCAGCAAGCUUUCUUUAAAAACCCCGCACAACACUCCUUCAAAGCGAUCAUCCUUCCCAAUAACCAAGGAUGGAAUUUACCUGCUCAUCUUGAAGAUUGAGCCUGGAAUGCAAAUGAAUAGGGAACCAUUCAAUGCAAGCGUUCAUAUUGAAAUGAAGGGUGAUUAUGGUUACUUGUCUGCGUCGGACUGGCCUCUUUUACCGUUCUACGAAAUAAUGUGUAUUAUAUACAUAAUAUUGGGUGUGAUCUGGUUGAUUCUCUCUGCGCUCCAGUGGCAAGACCUUCUGCGAAUCCAAUUUUGGAUAGGAGGAGUCAUAUUUUUAGGUAUGUUGGAGAAAGCAACAUUUUACGCAGAGUAUCGUAGUAUCAAUGUCACAGGAAAAUCAGCCCUUGAUGGAGCUGCAAUGAUCGCAGAACUGGUUUCUUGUGCAAAACGUGCUCUUGCCAGAAUGCUAGUCAUAAUUGUCAGCGUUGGUUUUGGCA